UAUGGGAAAACAAAUAAAGAUAUAGAGAAAGGAAAAAGAUCAGUAGUUGAACCUGAAAUACCAAAAGAAAGGUCCUCUAUCAAAUGGUUAUCUACCAAACAGAGCAUUAGAGCAAAAAGGUACAUAUAUGACUCUUCAGAUAGUAAAGAAAAUAAAAAAAAUACCAAAAGCCUCAGAGCUGGCAACAAUACCAGAAAACCUCUCAGAAGUAUAGAAAAUAAAUGUGCAAUCGGUUCAAACAAAAUAGUACUAAUGGAAAAAAAAAGAAACAAGAAAAACAAGAGGGUAAAUUAG